CCUCCCGGCCCCCCCAGAGCACCAGCAGCCAUUUCAUCUCCACCACCACCACCACCAAGUAGGCGCAAAAAAUGGCAGAAAUGGAGAAAGAAGGGAGACCUCCCGAAAAUAAAAGGAGCAGGAAGCCGGCUCACCCGGUGAAGCGGGAGAUCAACGAGGAGAUGAAGAACUUUGCUGAAAACACUAUGAAUGAGCUUCUUGGCUGGUAUGGUUAUGAUAAGGUAGAACUGAAAGAUGGAGAAGAUAUUGAAUUCAGGAACUACUCAGCAGAUGGGGAAAGCCGCCAGCACAUUUCUGUUCUCAAAGAAAAUUCUUUGCCAAAACCAAAAUUACCUGAGGACAGUGUUAUUUCACCGUACAAUAUAAACCCAAGCUACCCAGGGCUUGCCACAGGAAAUGGACUAUCAGACUCACCAGCAGGGUCGAAGGAUCAUGGGAAUGUACCUAUUAUUGUCCCAUUAAUUCCACCACCUUUCAUAAAGCCACCAGCAGAAGAUGAUGUGUCAAAUGUACAAAUAAUGUGUGCCUGGUGCCAGAAAGUUGGAAUCAAGCGCUAUUCCCUGAGUAUGGGAAGUGAAGUGAAAUGCUUCUGCAGCGAGAAGUGCUUUGCAGCUUGCCGAAGAGCAUAUUUCAAGAGAAACAAGGCUAGAGAUGAAGAUGGACAUGCUGAAAAUUUUCCCCAGCAGCACUAUGCUAAGGAAACUCCAAGACUUGCCUUCAAGAAUAACUGCGAACUACUUUGGCAAGCCAGAAGAUUUCAGGAGGUUGAUUAUAGGAUGGUUCCAUCACGUGUGCUGCCUUGCCAGGUAUGUGACUGGUGUAAGCACAUAAGACACACAAAAGAGUAUCUGGAUUUUGGGGACGGGGAAAGAAGGCUUCAGUUCUGCAGUGCAAAAUGUCUCAAUCAGUACAAAAUGGACAUUUUCUACAAAGAGACACAGGCCAAUCUUCCAGCUGGACUGUGCAGCACAUUACAUCCUCCAGUCGAAAAUAAAGCAGAAGGCACUGGGGUGCAGCUGCUGACUCCAGAUUCUUGGAAUCUACCACUAGCAGAUGCUCGGAGAAAAGCCCCAUCCCCAGCGUCUGCAGCUGGCCAAAUUCAAGGCCCUGGACCAUCAGCGUCUACCACUGCCUCUCCGUCUGACACUGCCAACUGCUCUGUCACUAAAAUCCCCACUCCAGUUCCCAAACCUAUUCCCAUCAGUGAGAAUCCAAAUAUUCCACCAGUUUCUGUCCAGCCACCUGCUAGCAUUGUGCCUCCAAUUGGUGUCCCUCCUCGCAGUCCUCCCAUGGUGAUGACAAACCGUGGGCCAGUUCCUCUGCCCAUAUUCAUGGAACAGCAAAUUAUGCAGCAAAUCCGUCCACCGUUUAUUCGUGGGCCACCUCACCAUGCCUCAAAUCCUAACAGCCCUCUGUCAAAUCCAAUGAUUCCUGGAAUUGGUCCCCCACCAGGUGGUCCCAGAAAUAUGGGUCCCACCUCUAGCCCCAUGCACAGGCCAAUGCUUUCCCCCCAUAUCCAUCCCCCCACAACACCUACCAUGCCUGGGAAUCCUCCUGGCUUGUUGCCGCCUCCCCCUCCCGGAGCUCCUUUGCCCAGUCUUCCCUUCCCCCCUGUCAGCAUGAUGCCAAAUGGUCCUAUGCCUAUGCCACAGAUGAUGAACUUUGGAUUGCCAUCCCUUGCCCCACUGGUGCCACCCCCAACUCUACUAGUGCCAUAUCCUGUCAUUGUCCCUUUGCCUGUUCCCAUCCCCAUUCCCAUUCCCAUCCCUCACAUCAACGACUCCAAACCCCCCAACGGCUUCUCCAGCAAUGGCGAAAGCUUCAUUCCGAGUACCUCCAGUGAGACGCCUGGGGCAAAGCCAACCAAUAGCUCUUCAUCCCCUCGAGAGUCAAAGCAAGGAUCAUCCAAAUCCUCUGACUCAUCACCGAGCUGCUCAGGCCAGUCCCUUAAUCAAGCUAAAGUGCUUCAGGAGCACAGUAAAAAUGAAGUUGUUGAUUUGACUGUCAGACCUAGUAGUCCAGCGAACAGUAAAUUUGGUUUCCCCAGCGUGCUACAGGGUCCACAGGACGGUGUGAUAGACCUAACGGUAGGCCACCGGUCUAGGCUGCACAAUGUCAUCCACAGGGCUCUACAUGCCCAAGUGAAAGUUGAACGUGAACCCAACAGUGUUGUAAAUUUGGCCUUUGGUAGCUCAGACAAAAGGAACUGCAGUGACUGCAGGGACAACUGCAGUCCGGUUGACUCAAAAACGUUACCGUGCAGUGAUGGAGCUCACUGCUGUCCCGUCUCCUUGGCCUCUGGCACGCCAGGACUGGAAGCUGGCGCAGCGGUGUGCAACGUCAUUGUGAAUGGCACAAAGAGCACAGAGGGUUCCAAGAACCCGGAGCCGCCCCAGGAGCCGAAAAAGCCCCAGUCCCCGGAGGAGCUGGCGGUGAGCGAGCUGGAGUCCGUGAAGGAGAACAACUGCGCCUCAAACUGUCACCUUGAGGGAGAGGCUGGCAAGAAGGCUGGGGAGGAGCCCCUGGCUGGGGGAGACAAACAGGACCCGAACCUUAACAAUCCAGCAGACGAGGACCAUGCGUAUGCUUUGAGGAUGCUGCCCAAGACAGGUUGCGUGAUCCAGCCUGUGCCAAAACCAGCAGAAAAGACUGCUAUUGCGCCAUGCAUUAUCUCAACGCCAAUGCUCAGCACAGGGCCAGAGGAUCUGGAGCCACCAUUGAAAAGGAGGUGUCUCCGAAUUCGAAAUCAGAAUAAGUAAAGGAGCGCUCACUGACAGGGUACCUUGCAUGGAGAAAGGGAGCAGAGCAAACCACGUCACUGCACCGAAUGACACCAGCUGGUCCGCUCACCGCCCCUCUGGCUGAAAGUCCAGCAAAGAAAGAGCUUCCUGUCAUGAAGCCCCCAAGGA